UUUCAGUGGCAUUUUCUAACUUUCCUGGGAGUUUAGAAAUCUUGAGACUCGCAACGCUUUCUCAAUAUGAGUGACGGACCAAUUGCCCCUCCCAAGCCCGCCGUGGUUGCUGAGGCCCACGAGGUCGACACUUUCCACGUUCCCAAGGCGUUCUUCGACAAGCACCCUUCCGGCCCUCACUUGAAAAAUCUCGAUGAAUACAAGAAGCUCUAUGAGGAGUCGAUUCGCAGCCCAGACGUUUUCUGGGCCCGCAAAGCCCGUGAGCUGCUCACUUUUGACAAAGAUUUCCAAACGACCCGUAUCGGCUCAUUGGAGAACGGUGACGUUGCUUGGUUCCCUGAGGGUCGGCUAAAUGCUUCUUUCAACUGUGUCGAUCGUCACGCCAUCAAGAACCCCAACAAGGUCGCUAUCAUCUACGAAGCCGACGAACCCAACGAGGGCCGGACAAUCACAUAUGGCGAGCUGCUCCGCGAAGUUUCUCGGGUUGCCUGGGUUUUGAAACAGCGCGGCGUUAAGAAGGGCGACACUGUGGCUAUCUACCUUCCCAUGAUUCCUGAGGCCAUCAUCGCCUUCCUUGCGUGCUCGCGUAUUGGUGCCGUUCACUCCGUUGUUUUCGCCGGUUUCUCGUCAGACUCCCUCCGUGACCGUGUCCUUGACGCCGGUUCCAAGGUUGUCAUCACAACCGAUGAGGGUAAGCGUGGCGGUAAGGUCAUCGGGACCAAGCGCAUUGUCGAUGAGGGUCUCAAGCAGUGCCCCGACGUGUCGACCGUGCUUGUUUACAAGCGCACCGGCGCCGAGGUGCCCUGGACCGAGGGCCGUGACAUUUGGUGGCACGAGGAGGUUGAGAAGUACCCUGCGUACAUUGCUCCUGACUCUGUCAACUCCGAGGAUCCUCUUUUCCUUCUAUACACUUCUGGUUCCACCGGUAAGCCCAAGGGUGUUAUGCACACUACUGCCGGUUACCUCCUAGGCGCGGCUAUGACCGGAAAAUACGUUUUUGAUAUCCAUGAUGAUGACCGCUACUUCUGCGGUGGUGAUGUCGGCUGGAUUACCGGCCACACCUACGUGGUGUACGCUCCUCUCCUCCUGGGAUGCUCAACGGUUGUCUUUGAGAGUACCCCGGCUUACCCCGACUUCUCUCGCUACUGGGACGUGAUUGAGAAGCACAAGGUGACCCAAUUCUAUGUGGCACCCACUGCCCUGCGAUUGUUGAAGAGGGCUGGUGACCACCACAUCCACCACAAGAUGGAACAUCUACGUGUCCUGGGAUCCGUCGGCGAGCCCAUUGCUGCUGAGGUCUGGAAGUGGUACUUCGAGAAGGUUGGAAAGGAAGAGGCUCACAUUUGCGACACCUACUGGCAAACCGAAACUGGCUCCAACGUCAUUACCCCCUUGGCCGGUGUCACUCCCACGAAGCCUGGCAGUGCUUCCCUGCCCUUCUUCGGUAUUGAGCCUGCCAUCAUUGAUCCAGUCUCUGGAGAGGAGAUCUCCGGCAACGAUGUGGAGGGUGUGCUUGCCUUCAAGCAGCCCUGGCCCAGCAUGGCCCGCACUGUGUGGGGUGCCCACAAGCGCUACAUGGACACAUAUCUGAACGUCUACAAGGGUUACUACUUCACCGGAGAUGGAGCCGGUCGUGACCACGAGGGAUACUACUGGAUCCGUGGUCGUGUUGACGAUGUCGUCAACGUUUCUGGUCACCGUCUGUCAACCGCGGAAAUUGAGGCUGCCCUCAUUGAGCACCCUAUGGUUGCUGAAGCAGCCGUGGUUGGUAUUGCCGAUGAGUUGACCGGUCAGGCCGUCAAUGCCUUUGUUUCGCUCAAAGAGGGUAACGAGACCAACGACCAAGUCCGCAAAGACCUCAUUCUGCAAGUCCGCAAGUCGAUUGGACCCUUCGCUGCUCCCAAAGCCGUCUUUGUUGUCGACGACCUGCCCAAGACCCGUAGCGGUAAGAUCAUGCGCCGCAUCCUGCGGAAGAUUCUUAGUGGUGAGGAGGAUAGCCUGGGCGACAUUUCAACGCUGUCCGAUCCAUCCGUGGUUGAGAGAAUUAUCGCCACAGUGCACGCUUCCCGAGGCAAAUAAACUACAACCGCCAUUGGUUCGGGCCAAACCCCAUAUAUACCCAUAAAAAGCGUGUCAUGAUGAUGACAGCCCAACUGAAUAGACAGAAUACUUGCCAACUCUGCAUUAGAUGGGUCGUCAUUCAUUCACUCCGUCGAGAUAAGAACUGAGCGUGAUAUAUUUAACCGCCAGCUGUGUGAUUCCCAUAUUUUAUUGGUCUUCAGAGCGGAUGUUCUAUAAACGACUAGCUAUAACUUAUGACAUUUUUUUUCUUGUUCAUUCAAGGAUCCUCUUUGAUUUUUUGCACAAGAUUUAAGAUUACUCCAAUCUUAUCAAGAUCACAUACUUAAGUGCUGCGCCAAGGUCACCUGAACGGAUGGACGUUGAUAACAUACUGUUUAUACAACCAAUAUAAACUCUCUUGCUGAUUGGGCAAUACAAGAUAUGUGUUUAUGUGA